UAAAUCCCUGCCAGAUGGAGAGGUCCUUCCUCCAUAUUUCCUCACCCCACAAUCUGCCCCAGGAGGAAUUCAUCUUAAGAAAGUUGUCUUUCUUGGAUAUACUGACAUGGCUGCAGCUGGAAGUAAUCUACAGUAUCAAGUGGAGCCAUAUCUUUAGGGGGGAAAAAAUUCAUCAAAUCACCUUGCUCCCUCCCCCUCCAAAAUCAAUCUAAAAGACAUGCAUACAACAGACAUUUUUAAUGGAGAUGUGCAAUGGUAAUGGAUUCUAAAAGUCGAGCAUUAUUUGGUCUGAGUAUGGGUAAGGAGUAUGAGACAGUAAAGAUCCAUGGACUGGAAUCCGUGGAAAUUGUGUGUAGGAGGGCGGAGCCUGAGGGGGCCACAGAGAGGAAGUUAGAGGCUAUCCAAAUCCUCCACUGUAAAUAUGAAGAGUUCACUUUGCUGGUUUUCAACUGUUUGAUCCCUGCCUCUGUUUGCCAUCACGUAGCAGACAAGAUUCUAAGUCUCUGUGUAGAAAGUAAUGUGAAAAAGUUGGUAAUUUUGACAACACAGAAAAUCUUACAACUUGAUGAAUUUGAUGAUGAAGUGAAGCCUAUUUAUGAGAAUGCCUACAAUACUGAUCCUGUGACAAAACACCUGCCAUUCCCAAAGGAUACAAAAAUUAUGGAUCCUUUCUUGUCAUCAUUAAUACAGAUGAUUCAGUUUGAGGAAAUGCCCUGUCACAUUUUUACCUGCCCUGGCCAUAAGGCAGUUCCUGGACCAGCCAAUGACUACGAUGGAUCUUUUCAGGCAAUCACUCAUUUUCAUGCUGUGUUAAAGAAGUGGUCUAGACUCCAUUUUGAUGAAGAAUUCAGUCAGUCUCUGACAUAUCGAGACCCUGGAUCAGAUUCAGAUUUGAUGUAUGUUUAGUGUAUGAUGUUUUAUCUCCUCAAUAAAUUUUAAUACCAUUA